UCUGUGUUGUUGUUCCGCGGCAGCGGCGGCGGCGGUAAGAUGGCUGCCCACGGGGGCUCCGCGGCGUCCUCGGCGCUGAAGGGGUUAAUUCAGCAGUUCACCGCCAUCACCGGUGCAAGUGAAAGUGUAGGGAAACAUAUGCUUGAAGCCUGCAAUAAUAAUCUGGAGAUGGCAGUCACAAUGUUUUUGGAUGGUGGUGGAAUCGCUGAAGAACCCAGUACCAGUUCAGCAAGUGUCUCCACUGUUAGACCACACACAGAAGAAGAAGUUCGUGCCCCUAUUCCUCAAAAGCAGGAAAUAUUGGUGGAACCAGAACCUUUGUUUGGUGCUCCUAAAAGACGGCGGCCUGCACGUUCAAUAUUUGAUGGUUUCCGGGAUUUUCAAACUGAAACUAUUCGGCAAGAACAGGAAUUAAGAAAUGGAGGAGCCAUAGAUAAGAAACUAACUACCCUUGCAGAUCUGUUCCGGCCACCCAUUGAUUUGAUGCAUAAAGGCAGCUUCGAAACAGCCAAAGAGUGUGGCCAGAUGCAGAAUAAGUGGCUGAUGAUAAACAUUCAAAAUGUGCAAGACUUUGCAUGCCAGUGCCUCAACCGUGAUGUAUGGAGCAAUGAAGCUGUGAAGAAUAUUAUCCGGGAACAUUUCAUUUUCUGGCAGGUUUAUCAUGACAGUGAGGAAGGUCAGAGAUACAUACAGUUUUAUAAGCUAGGGGAUUUCCCCUAUGUUUCCAUCUUGGAUCCACGGACAGGUCAGAAGCUAGUAGAGUGGCACCAGUUAGAUGUAUCUUCUUUCUUGGACCAAGUGACAGGAUUUCUGGGUGAACAUGGGCAACUGGAUGGACUUUCUAGCAGUCCCCCCAAAAAGUGUGCCCGUUCAGAGAGCCUUAUAGAUGCAAGUGAAGACAGCCAGCUAGAAGCUGCCAUCAGAGCCUCCUUGCAAGAGACACAUUUUGAUUCAUCACAGACAAAACAGGAUAGCCGCUCAGAUGAAGAAUCUGAAUCUGAACUUUUUUCUGGCAGUGAGGAAUUCAUAUCUGUUUGUGGCUCUGAUGAAGAAGAGGAGAUAGAGAACCUUGCCAAGUCCAGAAAGUCUCCCCACAAAGAUUUGGGGCAUAGAAAAGAAGAGAACAGAAGGCUGCUGACUGAGCCCUCACCCAGAACUGAGCCUGGAACAACUGCAAACCAUCAAGGAUUGCCAGCCAUGGAUUCAGAAAUAUUGGAGAUGUCACCUGAAAAAUCUGAUGGAAUAGUGGAGGGCAUAGAUGUAAAUGGACCAAAAGCACAGCUGAUGUUGCGGUAUCCAGAUGGAAAAAGGGAACAGAUCACUCUUCCAGAGCAAGCUAAAUUGCUAGCUUUGGUGAAGCAUGUCCAGUCUAAAGGAUAUCCAAAUGAACGUUUUGAACUUCUCACCAACUUCCCUCGAAGAAAACUCUCCCAUCUGGACUAUGACAUUACAUUACAAGAGGCAGGCCUUUGUCCUCAAGAGACUGUCUUUGUACAGGAAAGAAAUUAACAUCAUGGCCUGACCUCUCUCAGCUUACCCCUUUUUUCCCUUUUCCUGUGAGAUACCAUGUCACUGAGUAUGCACUUUGGCUCAUAGGACCAUAGAGCCAAAGUUGGGCAAGCAAGUCACCUGCCUCCUCUUUUAUUCCUUGCUCUCUCUUAUAAUAAGUCUCUCUCACUCCCUAUCCCCCCUUUCCCCCCUCUCCUCUCCUAUAUUUUCUUUUUCCUACUUUUCUUUCUUACCUAAUCAGGUGACCAAAUGGAAGUGUAAGGAUAAGACCUCCUAGUACUGGCAGCAGGAAAUGUGUGUUCCAAUAAGUGGUCUCUUGCAUGGCACUUUUUGGGGAUCAAAUGAUAAUGUUACUACUCCUCAGACUCCUUUGGUAAAGGAAUGACUAGAUUCAGAAUAAGAACAACCUCCCUUUUUUAUAAGCCCCAUUUUUAGUAGGAAGAAAUUCUCUAACACGUUUUGUUUUGUUUUAUUGUUCAUGUAAAAAAUAUCCAGGCUUUUGUUUACAUGGAAAAAGCAUCCCUCCUAAUUAUUAUUCAUCAUAUUUUAAAAUUACUUUAAAGGAUUCCCAUCCUUCCAGCUAGAAUUAUUUCCAUGAGAUGUGUUAUUGGCAAAAUGAGUGUUAAAUGUUGGGUGAGUAGCAUGGGGUGGCUUUCAAAUAUCCUAGCCUGAGACAGCUUUCUUUGUUACUACUCUACAAACUAUUGAUCCUGCUAGUCCUGGAAUGGACUUUUAGUGAGUAUAUUGUGGUGCCUGGUAUAGGAAGGUGCUUGCUGUUUUUGCCAGUACAGCAUAUUAGUUCGUUUGGCCCUUCCGUUGUUUGGGUCCACAAGUGAUCUAUAGGAAGGCAGCUAUUCAAUAAUCAUGCAGUACAGUGGCUUGUAGUUGUAACCACUAUGGUUAUUGAUUGUCCUAUGUGCUUUAGGCAUACUUAUGUAUGUCCUGAGGGAAAAAGAAAAAGAUGCAGCUGAGAGUAGCUAACCAUGUUCCUUUGGUUAGAAAUAAAAUGAUUCAUUUUUUACCCCUGGUUGGAACAGUCUCUAAAAGGCUCUGGUGACUAAAUGAGCUCAAUUCCUCAUGCUUUUUCUUGCAAAAGGUCUCAAAACUGAAUGCCUGUCUAAGAAGACUUUUAAAUUCAAUUCAUAAGACAACAUUUAGUAAGGGCAGUGGGGAAGAUUGCCAGUAGUCUUCAGAUAUGGGGGUUUUUUUUCUGCCAACAAAAGCCACAUUCAAAUUGUAGUUGGUGAAAGUUUUUUUCAGUAUUGUUUAAAAGAUGCCAUAUUGAAUCUACAUAACACUAUUCGACUUAUCAGCUUCACUAUAUGCUCAGUUCUUAUUUUGAGCUUUAAAUAGAGUCUUCUGAAAAGGUAGUGGUGAUUCUGGUGGCAAAAUCAGAACUUUAACUUGCUAUAAAAUGGACCUUAUUUCAUCAAAUUGGGGAUUUAGAUUGAUUGAUUUUUCUGUUUGAGGAACAUAAAUUGCUAUUGCUCAGAGACCUUUAGGUUCCCAUCUGUUUUAAGAUCACUCUCUUGGUAACUAGGGGAUUUUUUUAAAAGAUGCUUAUGUGUUGCUAGUACUCAAUUAGAGAAUAUGGUUUCUAAUGGUUGACUUUUGAGGGACCCACCCUAAAGAACGAGUAAUGUUUCUCCUCAAGGAAAUCAUGGAAAAUUCUGUUUAUUCUUCAGUGAGUCCUUUUGGAUUAAUGUUCUUACAUUUUUUCUAAGUCUGUGUAAGUGCUUAUGUAUAAGUAUAUAAUUGUAUAAAUAUUUAUAAAUAUAUUUAUAUAAUUACAAUUUCAUUUAUACCUUGAGUCAAAGUUCUCUCUUUAGAUUGGUGACUGAGUAAUACCACUUUGGUGUUUUUUCAUAGACUCUUGAGGCUAACUAGCAGCUUCUGAAUUUUGAGGAAAUACGGUUUUCAUGUUAAUUCCUUAAUUGUAUCUCUGAACUUGAAUAAUAGACUUACCAUCUAAGGAAUAGAGCUAUGUACUAUCAAAGAUGCAUUAGAGGGUGAAAAAAUUAUUGGUAGUAGACAAGGUCAGAAUCUAAAAAUUCAGGGAGGUACAGGGUAAGAAGUGAGGGUAUGCCCAGUUUUGGUGCUAGGAUGGCACCUGUCUCCACUCAGCAAAGUCAAGUCACAGCUACAGCCCAAAUCUGUCAAAAAUGCGAAGUCAGGAACUUUCCCUGUAGGAUUCUCUUAUUCUUUUACUGAUUAGCUUCUCUUUAGAAAACAUGUCUAGAGAACCCGAGACAACAUGUUCAUUAAUGAUAGGAUGUAGUUUUUUUGAUAAGCUCAGCCCUGGCAUAUCCUUGUAUGAGAAACCAAAGUGACUUUUUCAACUGUGAAAUGACCAAGUAUAUAUAUAAAGUGACUUAAGCAUAUUAAAGAGGUGGGGCAUGAGAUACUGACUCAACUUAGAGACAUCUGGGGUGUUUCGAGUACAAGAUGUAAAGGAUUUUAUUUUAUUUUAUUUUGAGGCAGGAGUGUAAUUAUCCUGGGCUUGAUAUAGAGGCUCAUGGGAAGGAGGGAUUAUGGGUUGUACAUGGGAAGAGUGAAUAAAGAAUAUUGCUUUACUCAAAAACUUAUUCCACUUGGGGAGUAUACUUCCUCUAGUUUGUCUUAUUAACUCUGCAAAUUCCUUUGCUCUUUGGAGGAGGGGUUUUAUUGAAUAGAUUAAAUGAGGUUAGUAAGGUAAUUACAAAUAGUUUAAAAUAGUCAUUCCUUGUAUGUAUUGGAAACAGCUUGAAAGAUUAUAAAAGUUAGGGAUGAAAAGAACAAAAUAGACUUUGAGAGUAAGUGAUGAGACAAAUACAGGGAGAUAAAAUGAAAACUAGAGGGGGAAAAAGUAACAGGAAACCUCUUUUGAACUUGAUUUAGGAAGGAACCAGAGAAGAGAGAGAACAGUCAAAUGAGGGAAGAACAGGGAACUAAUUUUGAGUAAUUAACAUGUGCUAGGUACCUUAUAUGCAUUUUCUCCUUUAAUCUUUCUAAGAACUCUACAAAAUGCAUAUUUCCCCCAUUUCAUAGAUAAGAAAGAAAAUUGAAGUUCAGAGAACUUGUUCAGGAUGUCACAGCCAGUAAGUGGCAAAAUCAAAAUUGGCCUCCAGAGUCCGUGCUCUUUUCACUGCCAUGCUGUCGUCUCCUACCGGGAAUCAGCCAAAAGGUUAUCUUCUCGUUUGGCUCUGUAAAGUAUCAUUUGGUUAUAUUUCCUUAAAGCUGGUGGGAUUUGUGCUAUGCCUAUAAAUUCUUAUUUACACCAUUAUUUUGAGGAGCUGAUUAUUGUUUUCUUGAAAUGACAGACUGAUAAAAAUGUGAAAGGAAAAUAGCUAUGUGGCAUUAUUUGCCAAGAAUAAAUAAGAAUAAAUAAAAAUUCUUUUAAAAAAGAAUUUUAUCUUUUUUAAAACAGUUUUCAGAAAAGAUAGAAUUAUCUUUUCUAUAUCCCACCCAUACCAGAUUAUUGAACCCUUUUAUGUAUAUGUUUUAAAAUAUUCUACAAAAUUCUUCUUAACUAUAUAAGUCAGUUAUUUAUUGAGUUCUUAAUCAAAGUUAAAAACAUCUUGAAAUCUUAUGACCUAGUUCCUGCCUGUUUUACCCAGUUGGAGGGACACACUACAUGAGAUAAUCGGAGAACGUGCAAAUGCUUAUGUUUCUGGGGCUGAGAAUAGUUGGGACAGUCUUUACAAAAAUAUAAAACUGAAAAGUGGCAAAUACUGUAGCUCAAGUUUUCUUUUGACUCACCUGAAUUCUUUAGUUGCAAUUUUUGUCACUACUUAGGGCAUGAUGUUUAUCAUAUCAGUAAGGCAUACUUAAGACACAAAUAGGAAAGGAUUACUGGUCCCAGGACUAAAGAUUUUAGCCAGCAGGGCACUUAGGAAAAUACUAGAAGGAGCCACUAGCAACUGAAAAGUGAAGGAGAGGUUUAAUUUCUCUACCCAGGUACAAAUUAAAUGUAUAUUAUAUAUGAUACGCAGAAGGGGCACUACAUGUAGGCAUAAGUGCACUUGGGUAACAGCUCUGCUACUAGUUAACAGCAAAUUGGACUAGAUCAAGAGUUCUCAGUCUGUUCAAGUAAAAGAACUUGUGAUUUUAAAAUUUGGCAUGGGUGGGGAACUGUGGGGUUAAGUAUUAAUAUCAAACAUUUCAUUGAUGAAAAAAAUGUAAAUAUGCAUAUGGAAUUGCAGACCCCUUGCAGAAACUAGGAACCCACAGAUUGUAGACCACUGAAAUUAGAUUAUCUCUGAAGUCCUUUCCAUUCCAAAAUUUUAUGCGUCUAGUCUCUCCUCUUUAUUAUAUAUUAUCCCUAGGCUAAUUAAAAGUAUACUUGUUAAUCAGUUCCUUUGCUCUUUUUCUGUGUCCAGGUUUCAUUUUCCCAAUAACUAACCUCACUUGACUGAAAUCUCCAGAAAGGAAAGUAUAAUAGUUAUAGAUCUAGUAAUGAUCUUUUAAACACAAUUCAUUAAUUUAAAAAACUUAAUGCAGUAUUUCUAAGCAUUGUUGAGUGUGACUAAAAUGUAAUUAAUGCGAACCAAAUAUUUCACUGACACCAGAGUUAAAUUUUAUUUUACCUGUGUGCUUAAAUAAAGCACUUUAUUCACUGAGCAAUUGUUAGGAAAUCAAUUUGUGUGGGUUGUGAAAUUUACUUACUUUUGGCAGAAACAACGUUUUCAGAUCCAGUUAGGCUAACUUUCAAAAAUAUUUCUUACCCCACAGAGUGUAUCUCCACUGUGUCAUUCUUUCUCCUCUCCCUCUUUAAUUUUACUACCUAAUAGUAAAUCUUAGGGUGCAGGUUGAUAUAUAAGUAAUGUGUAAAAGUACAUGAGAGUGGGAAGAAUCAACCCUCUGAUGAACAUGGCAGUUUUCAAAAAAUAGAAGUCUUGAUGAAAAGGGUACUUAAAGACAUCUGUGUACUAUGAAUAUUCAACUUUAUUGAUUUGCCUUGCUUAACACUUCAGUUACUGUCUUGCCAUGAAACUUAAUUGCACUGUACACGUUAGCAUAGUGACAAGAAUGUUCUUUAGUACUGAAAAUAACCAACAGAGAAUACCAAGCCCAUAUGUUGAUAUCUCCUGUUAUGAGAAAUUUGGUAUUUUAAUGAUGGUUAUUUUGGUCUUUGGCUCACCUGUGUGUCAGUCCUGCUAGAGAGGCCACUUAGAAUCAAGAGUAUUUUUCAUAGAGAUUCUGAUAACCUUGGUAGUUUUCCCAUUGAAGUGAACUUGUGGUUCAAGUUACUGGACGUAAUGAUAUGGGACCCUUAAUUAAAAAAUCUUUUAAUCCUUUUACUUUUCAUUCUCUGUUCCUGAUUUUUCACAUCCAUUCUCUGAAAAUUAGUCAAGAUUUUUAAUGAAAUUGGCUAUGUUUAAGAAAUUCACGUCUAAGUUUUAAUAUGUAACAUUUUAAAUUUUUUUAUAAAUUAGUAUACAAAGGAAAAAUUUGAGGCAAACAUCAUUUUUAUAGCUCAUUUUCUCUCUAUUUAAGCCUUCUUUUAUUCCAAAUAUAGAAUGGCUAGCUCAUGACACCCCUCCCCCCUUUUUGGCUUACAGAAUGCUCUCGUAUUAUUGCUUAGUCAUUCUCAUGAACAUGAUUUUUGGUACAGGCCUUUCUUUGCCAUAUGAUCUGAAAGUAGAGUUGGGUAAUGCAAUACAAGCUACGUUAAUAAAACAAUUUAGCAUCUCUUUAAAGUUUUUUUUUUAAUUUAUUUGUAGAAUUAGAAAUACAAAUAAUGGUAGUAUUUUGCCUAAGAACAGUCACAUAUUAAUCAAUAUGAGAAGUUCCCUUGUACUUAAUUCUGGUGCAACAGACAGCAAGAUUUUGUUGUUUGCUUAAUGGUAUUUCCUCUACAGGGAUCAAAAUGCCCUAAGCUUUUAUAUUCCUUUUGAGGUCACUUGGGUUUUCAAAUAAAAAUAGUCAAACUAAGCUGUAUGGAACAAAUUGAACAUAAAAAUUUUAUCUCCAUUAAAAGAAGUUAUUGAUCUAACAGAACUACCACAAAUAUUCAUUUAUUAAGCAUAAAUAAAGUAGGAAACAUUUCAAAUCAUUAGAUAAAUUCGAACCUGAAACUGAAUUCUCCCUUCCUUAAAAUCUUUUUUAUUUGCUUUUUUCAUGGCGUCAAUAUGGGCAUCUUAACUGAUAAGAGAUUCUUGAUCUGGAACCAUUCCCUGCCAUUCUGCUUUUCUUUCCUGUCAGAGUCACUGGCUUUAGAGUAUUGUACAUGUCACCAGAAUCUAUUUCAAGUUAAUGACAUUGAAAUGUUGAUGCUCAGUUGGAUAUGUUGCUGUUUUCAACAAAAUGGUUUUAUAAUAUGCUUUCUCAAAACGUCUGUGUUCUUAAUAAUGGAAAAUAUCAAUAAAUUAAAUGGUGUGAUUCAAAAUAUAAA